AUGUCCAGUCCCAAACUCAUGCAAUCUGUCCUUCGUGCCAAUUUGAAGCAUUCACCAAAGAGUGAGUUUGACGAGCCCUAUGUCUUUCCACGCAAGCACUUGCCCAAGGUCAUGAAAGACGAAACCAAGACCCCCAUUGUGCUUAUUGCAUGUGGUUCCUAUUCUCCCAUUACGUACUUGCAUUUGCGCAUGUUUGAAAUGGCCAUGGACCACUUUAAGGAACGGGACGAGUACGAGCUUAUCGCUGGUUACUUUUCGCCUGUAGCCGAUGCGUAUAGAAAGGAUGGACUUGCCGAAGCCAAGGAUCGAGUCAAGAUGUGCGAGUUGGCAGUGGAAACGACAUCCGACUGGUUGAUGGUGGAUUCAUGGGAAUCGCGGCAGGAACGAUAUCAACGCACAGCCGUGGUCCUUGAUCAUUUCAAUCAAGAACUCAACGAUGACCAUUUCGAUCCCGAGACCAAUGAAACCAUCCCUGGUGGUAUCGUUACAAGCACAGGCGAGAGAAAAAAUAUCAAGAUCAUGUUGUUGGCAGGUGGUGAUUUGAUCGCAUCCUUUGGUCACCCAGGUGUAUGGUCACCCGAAGAUUUGCAUCACAUUGUUGGAUUCUAUGGAUGUGUCAUUAUUGAACGCACAGGCACAGACGUUUUUGGAUUUUUAUUAUCGCACGAUAUCUUGUACCAGCACAGGAUGAAUAUCGUCGUUAUUAAGCAGCUAAUCCACAAUGACAUUAGCUCAACCAAAGUGAGGCUGUUUGUGAAACGUGGCAUGUCGAUCAAAUAUCUGUUGCCGAACCCUGUCAUCGACUACAUUUACAAACGCGAGCUAUACAAAAUGACACCACCUGCUGAUACCACCACCACUACUCAUUAG